GAUUGGUCAGUCCCCCCUCCCUCCCUUUACGCCCUCUCCCUCUUCCUACUUAAAUAUUUUUAACAUAAAGAGAGAGGAGGAGGGGAGGGAGGGAGAGGGGGAUGGGAGAUCCAUGGGGGAGGGGAGCAGAGUGCUCACUCUGUUGUCACUGGUCAGGGGGGAGAGAGAGGGAGGGAGGGAGGGAGAGCAGAAUUGUGUCCCAUAUGUGGAAAAAAGCAAAGCAGUGCGCGCACGGGUCUCUUCUGCUCCAGGGAUUAUCCUCGCGCUUCCAGAUCCGAUGGAGGACAUGCCGGCAUGAACAGGGCUGUUAUGUUGUCCAUGCGAGCUCAUGCCAGUGAUGGACUACAGUCGGACCUGCGCUGAUCUUAGCUGGCGUUCAUGAAGCAGCAUUCCUCCUUACUGAGACCAGCUCCGCAGAAUGCUGAGUCCUAUUGUCCCUUAUAGCUUGUUAAAGAUGCACUGGAACCCAGAGCAUGCCCAGUCCCUCAGCCAGUGGCCUGAGCAGCACCUGGACGUGUCCUCCACCACCUCCUCUCCAGCCCACAAGUCUGAACUGUACUCUGGGCGAAACCGCAGCUCCUACAGUUAUGCCUGGGCCAACGAUGACAUAUCUGCUCUUACAGCUUCCAACCUGUUAAAGCGCUAUGCCGAGAAGUACGCAGGCGUGCUCGACUCCCCGUAUGACCGGACUCCUAGUGUGAGCACUUACCCAGAGCCUGGGGCUUUUGGGGGCCUAAACGGCCAGAAGACUGAGCUGGAGCCUUGGCCACUCACGCACAGCACUGAUGCCUCCUAUCCCUUGAUUCCCCCAGGAGGCCAUGAGAGCCUCUCAGGCUCCAAGACUGUUGCCACAUCUGCAGGCGUUAGCAGUGUGUCAGUAGUGAACAGUAACCUCUCGGACUCUGGCUACAGUGGCAGCAGCUCUUGCAGUGGUUCCAGCGAGUAUCCCUCCAGCUACAAUGGUACCUACCUCACAUCCGGUUUCUGUCCACAACCCAAUACAGCACUUCCUCCUGCCUCCCUUCACUCUCUGCAAUCCACACCCACCCUGGUGCCUAGCUACAGCCCUUCCACACCGGUCUACAACUACCCUCCUAGCACAUACCCUCCUCAAACAAGCCUUGGUGCAAGUUACAGCCACCCCUCUGCUACUUAUCUUGCAUCAGGUCUGCCAGCCCCUACCCCUGUUCCCCCGAGGCCCACGUUGGUAGGAGGCACUUAUAAUUAUCAAAGCACCAACCUGAGUGCGUCUGAGUCUGGAGGAACGUUGAAGAGAAAAGCAUUUGAGAUGACCGUGGAGGAGGAAGACAGUGGGGACAGGUCCCGGUACAGGAAAUACAGUUAUGACCCUUUAAAGGCCGGAGGACACUCUCCCUACAGUGUGAAUGAUAAAGCAGAGUGCAGAGGGAAUGGCUUCAGUGGUUCAAGCAGCACAGACUCCCAAAGCUUUAAGCCCAGCAAACCCUCCUCCCAGCCCCUGGUCUCUCCUCAGUUUGGGGCAGGAGGUGAGUACAGUCCUCCAGCAGGCAUGACAGGGGACAAUGUGGUGGCAGAACAGGCCUUCACCCAGCAACAGCAGCACCGCUCUCAGGCACUCAAACGCCCUUCAUUAUGUACCCCAACUGUCGAGACCUUGAAAAGUCCGGAUCAUCGACUGCUGGAGUUUGUCCGUGGAGAGUUACUGGACCCCAGUCCGGCACUGGGCUGGAGUGAGCUGGUUGGGCUAAGCCAUGUCAAAGCUGCCCUGGAAGAGGACCUGCUGUGGCCCGUGCUGAGGCCUAGUCCAGUAGUGCAGCCGCCAAAAACCGUCCUGCUGUUCGGCCCCAGAGGAGGGGGUAAAACAACACUGACUCGCUCACUAGCCUCACAGUUGGGUGCCUCAUUUUAUCGUGUGAGUGGAGCCAUGCUGGCCUCUAAAGGGAAGCAUGAGGCAGAACAUAUACUGCACUCUCUGCUGCAGGUGGCUGAGGCGCAGCAGCCGUCAGUGGUGCUGCUCAGUCAAGUGGAAGCCAUGGAGGAGGAGGAGCUGAGACAGGUAUUGCUGACGACGCUGGAGAAAGCUCAGAUGGGUACCACUGGUCUGUUGAUUCUCGUUUGUGCUACUGGAAGGCCAGAUCUACUGCAAGACGCGAUACAUCGAAGCUUCGCGAAAAGAUACCACGUCGGCCUGCCGGAUGUGGGUAUGCGCCGACAGGUGCUGCUGCAGGCGCUGAACCCCCAGGGCCUCAGCUUGAACGAGAGAGAGCUGAGCACUGUGCUGCAGCGCACAGAGGGCUUCUCAGUGUGGGAACUGUUGCAGCUCAGCCAACAGGCACUCACCUCAGCUUCCUCCUCGACGAGAGCCCUUCACAGCCUCACCACCUCCCCAAAACCCCCAGACUUCACAGACUUUGAGAAUGCCUUCUGUAAGGUGCGGCCAGAUACCACUUCAAAAGAAUUAGACAGUUGUAUAGAGUGGAGCAAAAUGUACAGCCACUGAAAACAGCCAGUCAGUCUACUCGGACUGUACCAUGACCCUGUCUUUGCUUUUACAUAGUAAACCCGGGAAUGUUUUAUGGUUGUUUUUUAUUGCAGAAUAUGCAGCCAAAAAAUCCCAGAAAAGCUCAAUGAUAUGGGAGUCCUAGCAAAGUUGUUUAACUGGCAGAAAUUUGCCACAAUGUACUUUUUUUUUUUCAAAAACUUGCAAUAUAAAUUUCCCAAAGAUAAUGGUUAGUAUUCUUUGUUAAGUGGGAUUCAUGUCAGAAACACACAGAGAUCCUGUUCAGCCUCAGUCUAGGACAAAAUCAAAUAUUGGUUGCUUUGUGGAUCCAAGAUUAUGGAUAAUCUGUGUUUAAAAAUCCACCUUCCUGUUGCUUUUAGGAUCCUUUAAAUCACCAGUCUACGUCUUUGUUAUCCUGAUACCAGUUUAGUCCUCGGUUUGUGACUAAACGUUCAGAUUAAAGGGCUUUGGAUGAGCAACACUAUCAAAUUUUUACCAAAAAACGUUUCAAGCCAAAUGCAAAAUCUGAAGUACUGUUUAGUUUCUCAAGAUUGAGCAGGCCUCCAAAUCACAGAGUAUUCCUAAUAGCUUCUCACCAAAUCCCAAUACAGCAACUGCUCCUUAAUAUCCGAAUAAAGCAAGUGCAUAAUAUUAAAAUCCUCAUUUAGCUCCAUUCUAGAGUUCAGUUCCUUGACAGACACCUUUUGUUAUGCUGCGUUCACACCGGGCUCGGAAACAUGUGUUCAAGCGACCACUUUCAAUGAAAACUUUAUGGAAUUACUUGUCAACCCAAAUUUCAGGUUUCGGCGUCCAGAACUCUCACAUCCACAUAUAUUGCUUAACGCAUUUUUUAGUCAGAUCGCAGGCGCUACGUACACAUUUAUUGAUUGCGCCAUGGAAGUUCUUGGCUGCUAAAUCCUCACAAUGCUGAAAUUUGACCAAUCAUAGAUUCAAGUUUGGUGGUGACGUGCGGGUAGCAACCUUUCAAAACAUUGAGGUACUAACUGGUGUAAGCAUGAUUACGAAGGAGAAAUUGAUAUCCGUUUUCUGCCUGGACAGAAUUAUAUGACACCAAGUCUUUCAGAAAUCGGAAUUGAAAAAUUCUGGAACAAGAUUCAAGAGAUUUACACACCUUUGACUUUUCACACUAAGCCUUUUUCAGUUGUAGGUGGUGGACAAGUGCAAGUAAACACUGAGGCAAAUAAAGAAGAAGCCACCUCCCCACCGCUCCCUACUUGUCUAGUGUGAACACCACGGGCCAAACUGUGCAUAGCGUGUUCUUGAACAUGCCACAUGCAGCCCCGUGUAGGUACCUACUGUAAACACGUGGAUAUUCGAGUUUCGAGCUCUCGUCUUUAAAACUCUCGCAUUCAUCCGUCGCAAGUUUUUAAGUCAGUUUUUGGGCUCUAUGUACAAAAUUGAACAUGCGUGGAAAGUUGAACUUGGACCAAUCAGGGAGGUGAGGUAGUGUGGUAUGGGUAGCCAACCCUUUAAAAAAACUGUGCUUUGGGCUCGGCUGGAAGUCUUUUGUGUAUUGGAAUAGAGCUGUGAAAGAAAAAGUCUGGAGAAAGAUUUGCUUGAUAUUUAUCACCAAGCCUCUUCCGAUUGUGAGUUCAUGUGCUAGUAUUGGGUAUCGACAGUCCAGUGUGAACACCAUAUGCUUAAAGCACAUUCAAAAACGCCCGUUUAGUGCGUCCUUGAACAUGCCCGGUGUGUACGUAGCGUAACUGUCAACUCCUUUGGGUAUAAAAACUUGCUGGUCUCACCAGCAGCCUUGUACUCACACCUAACACGUUCAGUGGGCUUUAUUUUUGACAUUCCACCUCCGAAAUCAGACACUUGCAGCUUCUCCCACAAAAUGUUUUCUCCUUUUGCUUCUUUUUUGUUUUCCUAGUAUGUAGUUUCAUUUGAAAUGCUCAGGAAGAAUUUCUUUACCUCAGAAAUAUGAAAUAAAGAAUGUAUGUAAUCUUAGGGUCUUAGAAGAGAGCGGUGCAGAGCGAGAUAGGCAGCAAGGGAAUACCUGACAGUGAUACCCACUGCAACCGGGCUCGUACCUCAAGAGAGAAACUUGAAUAUGCUACAAAGAGUUAACAUUGAAUGUAAUUCAGGUAUUUUAAAGGAUAUUUGAUGCCAUAGAUCCAUGUAUUAUUAUGUAUGAAUAUAUAAAUACAUUUUUUUUCUGUUCCUUUGCCCUCUAUUGUAGAUUAUGGUGAAGUAUUGGUCGUCCUUAAGAAAAGCAAUGUAGAAAAUGGAAAAUAUACGUAUUUUUUUGUUGGACAAAUUGCUUACUCAUCUCGUAAAUGUUUAUGUUUCUGGUGUUUAUUCUUCAUGUCUGCUCUCCUUGGACUUACCGGCAUUUAAAAACAUGUCACACACAGUUGUGCUUGUGCACAUCCACCGAAUGAUUGAAGCACAAAUUACAUCAAAAAGGACAUUAGCUGUAUUUCUUGUGAUAUCUGGAAUUUUUUUUUUUCCAAAUCCUAAAUUUCUGCAACCCGUGGGUGCACAUCGAGGAUAUAGCCAACAAGUAGACAAUCCAGGAAUAUGUCAUCGUCCGCAGCUGCUGCUCGGUUUAGUUUUAACAAGCAGGAAAACCCCAGUCACUGCUUUACUGGCACAGAAGACGUGUGUGUUGUUGCCAUGGCCCUAAAAAGGUACAAACGCCAUGAUGUAAUAUUUCCGAGCGUCCUUUCCUCCAUCUGUCUAUCCCUUCCGCCCAGCCUCAUCAGUCUUUUUCUCUUUUCCUCUCUCCCCAAUGCAAUCUCAUUAGAUUGGAUUGCCCCUGGCCACCGGCCUCAGUUACCAUGUGGCGCUGUAUCUUCUCCCCACCCCCGCUUUCUUUUUCCCCUUUUACCGAUUCCUCUGGAGUGGAAGUGGGCUGAUUGAUGUCCGGCAAUCCUAUAUCGCAGCGCAGCCUUCCCUUACCAGCUGGUUGCUUCAGCCAUGCCAUACAGCCAGAUCAAUCAGUGACCCCCCAGCGUGCAUGCUGAUCGCUCUCUCAGAAAUUGAGAACACAUUUACAGAUUACAAAGCAACCCCCCACCUCUGACAGUAACAGCCAAAUAUAACAUAUGAUUAUACUUUUUUUUGCCAAAAUUAAACAUAAUAAUGCAGACUUUGAGGUCCGGCAAAUCUAUCUAUCAUAGCUUUUUUCUCACGUCAGUUUGUCCAACAAAAAAGUUUUUAUUUUGUUUUAUCUGUUACCACAGUAAGUUUGUAUUUUUUGGUUCUUGUACAUUUUCCUUUAACCAUUUCUACCUCAUUUUUGCGGCAUAUUGUACAUGAAAGUAUUUAUUUCAUGUCUUUUUUGAUGUCUGAUUUAAAAUGGAUAAUAAUGUUCCUGAACUGUAAUAGUCUACCUCAGAAAAGACUGUAUUUUAAAAGAAGAGUAUCACACAAUAUUAAACAAAAUUGAUCAAUAUUGUA